UGCUGCAAAAAAAACAAAAAACAGGUUUUUAAACAUUGCAAAUAAUUGAAAGAGUUGACAAAUAUGAUGUGCCUUUCACCUUCAUCACAAAGGGUCCACCGCUGUCUCCCUCGCAAGCGUCACCUCGCUCUGUGUCUUCGGGUUUAUAACCUAUGAAUAGGUUUCAGUGUAAUGUGAGGAGGCCUUGCGAUCCAGAUGAAAAAAGUGGAGUGGAACAAAAAUACAGUACCGGCACAGAACAUAUUAUCAGUGAUCCUGAUGGAAGUGGAGCUUUUACAAGUGCUCUGAUCCGCGAUGGGCAGAUGGAUCUGCUGAAGAACAGUUGGUAACGCUCUCUGAGAUGAGCCCCAGAUUUCCUUUAGGUUUCCCCAGCCGGUCACUCGACCUUUGAACCCUGCAUUCAUCAGCCUGUUUGCGAAAAGAAAAGUCACAUCUCAAUCAAUAUUCAUUGUGCUUACACAGCAAGCCAUUUGUGUCGCAUUCUAAGGUGUCCCUCAGUAAACUAUGUGUGGACUCACAGUUUAGCCACCUUCUUGUUAGGGAGGCAGACAGGGUGGAUCUCGUCUGUGAAGACGAUUGGCCGCCUCAUGUGCAGCAGUGCAAUGUCUCGGUUCAGAUUCUCUUUCCAGUUGUACUUUGGGUGGACAAUGAUUUUGUCAAUCGCUACAAUCUUCUCAAUGUUGCGUUCAAACCUGACAGAGCAAGAAAAGCACAAGCAAAGUUGUUGGUGUGUCCAGAAACGUGGUGGCCAGGGAAUGUUUUGUCUUACUUGGCCCUGUUAUGUUUUCCCAAGCGCACCAGAAUGUCAUUAGUGGUGAAGUUCUUGUUCCAUGGUGGGUAGAGGAUGCAGUGAGCGGCCGUGAGGAUCCACUGAUCGCUGAUAAGGCUGGCGCCGCACAGCAAUUCCUGCGGGCUUCGUUUGUACAGCAUCACCUGCCUGGUGGACGCAGUCACAUUUGAACUCGAUAUCAAAUGGGGUAUCUUCAUUGACAGCAGGGUAUGGAGGGAAUAGACUCAAGUUGCUAUGGCAGUUCAUGUGUGGUUACCAUGGGGCAGAGGCCACCUGGGCAUCAUUGCCCCCAACAAUGCGCUGAGUUAUGUAGGACUCCCGCAGCUCCUUCUCGUUGGCGUCCUCCUUCUGCAGCUUUUCAAACAGGGGGCGCUCUCCACACACUGCCACACAGCAAGCUCAGCAGCAUCAGUUUUCACGGCAUGCAACUUCAUUGUCAAUCAGUGUCUUACCAGUCUCUCCUUGUCCAAAGAAGCUAGGGUUAAAAAAGGCCUUCCUGGGAGGUGCGAGGACGGAGCGCUGACGAUCAUCAGACUCAACCGGCAACUCGUCGUCAAGCAAAUGUUCUUCUGCAGGUGACACACAUAUGAGAGCCACCAUUGGUGUCCUGUAACGGUUAUAGUAGUCUUGCUAGCAUCACAUUUACCACACAGCUCGAGGUCGCAGUAAUCCACUGACACGUUCCCAGACAUCUGCACAUAGCACCAUGGGCCCUCAGGGUCAUUGUCCGGGUUACGACAUUUGUUGUCCUGCAGGGUCACUUCAGGUAAGAAGUCUUUGUUCUUGCUCAGCAUCUUGACCUCCGGCAUUGACCACGGCAGGCAGGUGUAGCCCCGCAGAGUGACAGCCAGAUCACCAAUGUAGUCUAUGCCGUUAUCCGUUAAACACUCACUCGCAUCCCUUUUUGGUGCAGGGGCCACAGUGGAUGGAACAAAGUGUUCCCCUUUCGAGGAAAAACGUUGAAUGUUGAAUAUCUCUUAUUCCUCCUUUGUACCUUUUUAAAAGCAUGAUAGUGAACAGCUAGUGCUCUGUAUAAGUAGUUUGAUGGCCCAAAAUAGUAGUGAAGUUAGCCACUGACAUCUCAAACUCAACUGAAAGAAAGUCCAAAUGGGUCAAUGUUCUGCUGUAAUGUGGGUAACCCUGAGCAAAGCUAGCUGUGCAAAGUCAUCCUGAGUAAAGUUAACGUGCAUGUGUGUGACUUGCCACAUAUCGGAACCAAGCAUGUCUCCUUCUGGACUGUCGGAUCCUGAGUGAAACACCAGGGUCCCCCUGCUUGGUUAUCGGGGUUUCGGCAGAAGUUCUCCUUGAGGAUGCUGCCAGGUUCUGAAGCGUUGAACUCCCUGAAGACAAGUGUCGAAAUAUGUAGCCAUUGACUCAGCCAAUGAGUGUGUGUGUGUUGGUGGCGGAGCUGCUACCUUAUUAUGGGAUGUGGGAAGCCCUGAUUCCAACUCUGACACAGUUUCCCUGAUUUAGUGAUGUGGAUGUCUCCGUCAUAGUUGAGUCCUUUGCCGUAAAUACACUGACCUGAGCACAGACACACAGAAUUAAUGACGUUCACUCACAUUAACGUUAGUCAUCUAUCUGCUUUUACCUCCUACACAUUGUCUGAUCACAUUGAUGUUGUCAGGUGUUCGAUCCAGUGUUGUUCCUUUGCAAUCUGCGUGCAGGCACACACGCACACAGGCAGUUUGUUUAAUUGUGUGCCUCAACCACUAUGGACUUUGUUCAUGUUUGAUUAAACCUCUGGAAGAGACACAGCUACUGUUUAGUAGCUUUGUAUACUCUUCCUUGUGUUAUUGCAAAACUUGGUUAGUGUUAGCAUCGUUGAGUUAAAUGCCACAGUGUACUCACCCUGAUAUUUUAGCCAGAAGGUUUCCUAAAGGGAAACCAAGAAUUGUAGUUAGACUUUGAGUGGCUUUCACGGUCAGCACAUUCAAAUCAGUAUACUCGUACUGUUUUGUCAGUCUGUUCGAACACCUCUCUGGCCUCUUCAUGGUCACAAAUUUCCUCCACGCACUCUCGCUCAAGGUCCCCUGAGAACAAUCACACCAACCCAUGUUGACUAGGCUUGCCUCUUUCAUCCUGGGGAGUAGGUGCUUACCUGGUUUCAGCUCUUCAAACAGUUGAUUGGCUCGUCGGCCUCGGACCAGAACUUCUGAGGCCAGCUGGCUGUUAAGAAAAACUGCAUAUACAACAUAUUUUAAUACACCACUACUACUAAAAGGUGUUCCUGUUAUUUUGACUACCUGCUCUCAACAGCCUUCAUUUCAACUGUACCUGAUGUUGUAAAGUUUUCACUCUCAUAUAGACACUACCAUUUUCACUUCAGCGGCUGGUAUGAAGGAAAUAAGCAAAGAUGAAAUACCGUGUUCUGCCAGACAGCCAUGCAGCAGCAACAGAAGAAGAUAAGACGUCGGGCCGACCAUGAUCUAGACCUCCGAGCAGAACCUCCAAACCAAAACUAGUGGACUCCUGUCAUCUCUCAGUAGACCCUAGCGUUGUCUGAUAGGUGGGAAUAUUGACCGCAAAGUCAAAGUUUGACUCAGUCACUUGUUUACACUUACUCAACCAGCUCGAUAUGAUCUGGUUACCCAAUAUAAUUUUUUUUGCUCCUUUAUAUUUUUUUUUACCUGUCCUGUUUGACAGGACAACUGAUCUGUAUGCCUUAUUGUGCCAGGUAAGUCCUACAGUAUAUACUCCUGCUGUGAGUGUCUUGUACAGAACUCUUAUUUAUUUGCAAUUAAGUGGGUAGAAAGCAAAAUAAUACGUGAUUGCAGGCCAACAGAGGGUGGGCAAUCAGGGAUUGAACAUUAGGAAGUAACAUAGCAAUGUAAGUUGGACAAAAACAUUAAUUAAUGAAUAAUUUGUAACUGCACCCACAUUGGCACAGGGAGAGAAGAAGACAGCAAGUCAACCUACGGAGGAGGCAGCGGCAGAACACAGCAGGAGGAGGGGCCCCCAGUUGAUGGUCUGAUAAAUGACAGGUCGUAUAUUUGGUUUUCUCCACUGAAUCUUUGUUCAGUGGCUGCACGGUGGCCAAGUAGUUAGCAUGUUGGCCAAACAGUCUGGAAGAUCUGGGUCCGAUUCUCCGUUUGGGCAUCUCUUUGUGGUGUUUGCAUGUUCUCCCCGUGCGGUUUUCUCCGGGUAUUCCGGUUUCCUUCCACACGCCCAAAAACAUGCAUGUUAGGUUAAUUGGCGACUUUAAAUUGCCCGUAGGUAUGAAUGGGAGUUGUCUAUAUGUGCCCUGCGAUUGGCUGGUGACCAGUCAAGGUGUACCCUGCCGCUCACUCACCCAAAGUUUGCUGAUUUGAUGAUACACUGUAGUAUUAUUUGUAAAGAAGAGUACAAUUGUAAACGUUUGGUAGUUCCAAACCCCCACAAACGUUAGCUUUUUAUGAAGUUAUUAAGCUUGUAUGUGGUGGCUUGUUUUUCCAUAAAAAAAUGGAAAUGCUAGAAUCUAGUCAUUUAAACCAGGUUAGGCUCAGACAGACAAAGAUGGCAGAGUCAUCAUGUGUGAUCUGAUUAUGGAGGUUUAGAUUGCGUGAGUGUGUUGACUGGAUGGGAUCUGUGUCUCUGAACGCAUGAGAUCAUGUGGAUAGCAUACGCCCGCAGACGCUGUCUGCAUUCAAAUGAUGGAGACACAGGAGGAUUCCCAGAAGUACUUGGACAGUGAUACAGAUAUUCAUGCAGUUGCCUUGAUACACUACAAUAGAUUGGAAAUAAAACAAUGUGGAUGUGUUCCAAGUGUAGGCUUUCAACUCCAAUUUGAAAUGAAGUUGAAAAUGCAGCACACACAGUGAUGUCAUCGUCUGUGACAAGCAAGAACACUUUCUAGUCUGUUUUCAGUCAUCUAAUCCUAAUGAGCGUGGUCCCUCUUGAACUUCAACAAUCAGCUUUAAGUUAAAGUGUGGACCAGCACAUAGCAGAGCAAAUAUUGAUAGAGAGGGGAGAGAACAUUGAAAGCACAGUGCUGCACUAGAGUUCAUUCAGAUUACGGUAGGUUAGCUUCUCAAUUAUUUUUCUUUCAUGCCCCUACCACAUUUUAAAACGCUCACCGAAUUGAGAUAUUAUUUAGAACCUUUAAAAAUAUUCAUUUAACUAUAAUAAACACGGCAUGAAUUGCUGGCACCGGCAUUGUGCAUACAAUCACCUGAUUUAUCAAAACAGAUAAAUAAAAUGAUCUCAGAUAGCAUCUGCAGCAACGUAAAACAAUUUCCAAGUUAAGUUGAUCAAUUCCGUUUGUAACUUUUAAGCAGGACUGCUCAGUCUGUGUGAUUGUCAAAACGGAAAAGUGGAAAUGUUUCACACAUGGGUCUGUCCUUGUUGCCACCAUAUUCACGGUAAACCAAGGACUAUGUUUGCUUGGUUGCAUUUCCUGGUGAUUCUGUUGCAGUUAUCAUCACGUCCUUGCAUCUGUCUCCUUCGGUUUGCACACCUGCGUUGCUGUGUACUUUUUCUACCAGGUUGAACAUGCAGCCUGUUGAUUAGUUUGAGCACUGCUGCCACCUAGCUGGAGGCUUGUGUAUCGCUCAAGCAUGCAAGCAUGAAUACCACGCAUGCAGGCCGGCAAUGCACGAAGGCACCAUUAGCAUUCAUCGUUUUCUACGCCGCUUGUCUCACUAGGGUCUCAGGGGUAUGCUGGAGCCUAUCCCAGCUGACUUAGGGAGAGAGGCGAGGUACACCCUGAACUGGUCGCCAGCCAAUCGCAGCAUGUUAGAAGCAUAAAGUUGUCAUAUUUAAAAAAAAGAGAAGUAAUUAUUUUAAAGUUGGAAUAUUUUGAGAAACACAAAAAACGAGAAAUAAAGUUGUCAUUAUUAGAAAAUUAAGUAGAGUAAAGUCAUAAUUAUGAGGAAAAAAAUGUACAAGAAAAAAGUUAAAAUAGUUGUAAAAGUAAAAAAAACAAAAACAAAUGGGAAAACAACUGUAAUUUUACAAAAGUAGACAAACUUGUAAUAUGAAACAAAAUAAUGUCAUUUUAGUAUAUCAUAGAGUUGCGGGGAUAUGAUGGAGCCUAUCCCAGCUGACUUAGGGAGAGAGGCGAGGUACACCCUGAACUGGCCGCCAGCCAAUUGCAGCAUGUUAGAAGCAUAAAGUUGUCAUAUUAAAAAAAAAAGAGAAGUAAUUAUUUUAAAGUUGGAAUAUUUUGAGAAACACAAAAAACGAGAAAUAAAGUUGUCAUUAUUGGAAAAUUAAGUAGAGUAAAGUCAUAAUUAUGAGGAAAAAAAUGUACAAGAAGAAAGUUAAAAUAGUUGUAAAAGUAAAAAAACAAAAACAAAUGGGAAAACAAAACAACUUUAAUUUUACAAAAGUAGACAAACUUGUAAUAUGAAACAAAAUAAUGUCAUUUUAGUAUAUCAUAGAGUUGCGGGGAUAUGAUGGAGCCUAUCCCAGCUGACUUUGGCCAAGCGCUCACGUUCGUACCUAUGGACAAUUUAGAGUCUCCAAGUAACCCAUGCGCGCACGGGGAGAACAUACAGAGAUGCCCAAGCAGAGAUUCAAACGCAGGUCUUCCCGAUCUCCUGACUAUGUGGCCAACAUGCUAACCACGCGGCCUCCGUUCGGCGAGAGUUGAAAUAUUAAAGAAAAAAUAUGUUAUUUUUAAAAGCAAUAUGAGAAACAAACAAAACAAAAUAAGUUGUAAUUUUAAAAAAAAUUAGGUUAGGGGGAAAAUAUAAUAUGGGAAUAAAGUCAAAAUAUUACAGAGCGGAAUUUUAUAAAUAUUAUUUAAGAAGAUAGUUAAGUCAUCAUCAUACUGAUGAUACGCCUUUAGACUUACAGUAUAUCACAAAGAUGAGAUGCAGCAUAAUUCUUAGCAUAAACAUCAAAGUGGCCCUUGCCUUCUUUCAUUUUUCAGUAUGUGGCCCUUGGUGGGAAACGUUAGGACACCCCUGCUUCUUUUGCAGCAUGAACAUAUGUUUUUUGUGUCUACACAUCAGACCUAAAAAUCUGCAGAAGAACUUUUCAAUGUAUGUCAACGUGAGCUCCCAACCACAACGCUGACAAGCUACUUGUAAUUCACAGCUUUUAUCUUGGAACCAGAAGACACGAGGAAGGUAUGUAUAAUAAGGGAAUCACUAGUUAGUAAUUACUGGUGGGUCAUUUUUCACCACCUGUCAUCAGGUCGAGAACAUGCCGCCUUGAAGUUCCCUUAUAAUCCAAUUGGGGGCGACAGUGCGCCUUCAAAUCGUUUGCACACACCAGUUAAAGGGGUUGAAGAAGAAGAAGCUCGCAAACAUUGGGGCAGCGUAGUUCCUGAUGGAUCUUCUCCCUUCAGACCCGCUGCUGCACAUAUUGUCCUUCCUGGACUUUAGAGACUUGAUCCAUGUCAGUUUCAUCAACAGACGACUGAAUGACUUGUCCAAACACAACCCUUUGUGGAGGCCACUGUGUUCCAAACACUGGCUGCUCACAGACAAUGAGCGACUGCAGAAUGGAAGGUCCUGGUACGACCUCUUCAAAGAGUAUUACCGUGACCUGGGCCGCUACAUCCAGUACUACCCCGUGCUGAAGAAAGCGUGGGAACAGCUGACCAGCUUCCUGCGGCAGAGAUGUCCACGCAUGAUCACGUCACUGAAAGAAGGUGCCUCAGAGGCAGAGCUCAGCAGCAUUGAGGCUCAGAUCGGCUGCCGCCUUCCCGGAGACUAUCGGUGCUCGUACCGCAUCCACAAUGGCCAGAAGCUGGUGAUUCCAGGUUUGAUGGGGAGUAUGUCGCUGUCCAAUCACUACCGCUCAGAGGUGCUGCUGGACGUGGAGACUGCAGCGGGAGGUUUUCAACAAAGGAAGGGGAUGAGAUGCUGCCUUCCACUCACCUUCUGCUUCCACACUGGCCUCAGCCAAUACAUGGCUCUGGAGCACACUGAAGGGCGACGCAUGUUUGAGAGCUUCUACCCCUGCCCUGUUUGUGAUCAGACGGCUCAGGAUCCCUCAGCUGUGGACAUGUUCAUCACAGGUUCCUCCUUUUUGGAAUGGUUCACUACAUACGUAAACAACGUGGUCACAGGAGAGUACCCAAUCAUCCGAGACCAGAUCUUCAGGUAUGUGCAUGAUAAAAGCUGCGUGACGACCACUGGGGACAUCACUGUCUCUGUUUCGACCUCUUUCCUGCCUGAGCUUUCUUCCGUCCAUCCGCCGCACUUCUUCUUUACUUACCGCAUCAGAAUAGAGAUGUCGAGCAGCGCACCACCUGAGGCCGCCUGCCAGCUCGACAGCCGUUAUUGGAAAAUAACCACCUCUGACGGUAACGUGGAGGAGGUCCAAGGGCCCGGCGUGGUCGGAGAGUUUCCAGUCAUGACGCCGGGUAAAGUCCAUGAGUAUGCCAGCUGCACCACCUUCUCCACACCUUCAGAGUACAUGGAGGGACACUAUACCUUCCACAGACUUGACAACAAGGAAGUCUUCAAUGUUGCAAUCCCUCGCUUUCAAAUGGUGUGCCCGCCAUUCAGAGAGCCCGUGUCGCAGAUGAAAGAGCCGUCUGAUUACACAUCAAGUUUCAACAACCAUGACGACGACAGUGGCGGUGGCAAUUGUGGAGACGGAGACGAGGACAACUACAACAAUCUGAGGGAACUGAAUAUGGCCGUCUUGGAGGGAGAAUGGUGCCCACGACACAUCUAAUGUAUACACUGAGGCAUUGCCUAGGAAACCAGGUGGACUGUCUGUCAUUCAGGUUUUUCUGGUGGUGGUUUGUGGAUAGGGCCGUAGUUCUCAAAUAGUGGGGCUCUGAGAGGCACGAGGACUAUACUCAUAAAAUGUCUUCAAGGUUAGCAUGUUUGUUAGUCUUAAUUCAUGCUUGAACAAUGCUGGUGCUGCUAGCAUCUCAUACAGGGGUCUGUACAGAUACGAAAGGUUCUCAAUAGUAUUUCACAUCAUGGGGGUGUAAAAAAUUCUGUCUCCUUUGGGGGGGUAUGACAUAGAAUAAUUGAGAACCACUGCCAUAGGGACAUUUUUCCACAUCUUGUGUGCCACAACUUCAUGGCGCCCGACCUCGGGCUUGUUUAGCCUCUUACAGUACAAAGAAAGCAAGGCAAUUAGAAAGCUUCAUGCUUGACCAAGAAAACAUCUAUCAAUCAUUGUUCUAUUUUCCUUUUUUAACUCUUUGGCCGUAAGUACAGAAGAGAGGAAACUAUGACGUUGUAAACAAAAAAAUUAUACCUUUGUCUAAAAUACUCUGUUUACAAGCUGGUAAUGUCCCGCUGAUGUUUUUGGAAGAAAAUACCCAUCAAUGCUUCAGUUUGACAUGAAUCUUUUAUUGCAGAAAGUUAUUGUAAAGAGGUCACAAAAAAAUGUUGCACUUGAUCACUUCCUUUGUGAUAAAGCUAAAACAUCUUUG